AAACAUUAUUCUCCUUCGGAGUAUAACUAAACUGAGAAAAAGCUAAGAAAAAGUGUCAUUCAUUCAUUACACACAACAAUGGUUGCGAUCAGUGCUCACUCUUCUUCUUACUGCGCCGUUGCUUCACACAACAAACCCUAUAUCUCUCACAAUCUCCGCAAUUCUAUUUCAAUUUCUUCUUCGCCAUUUUCACUCCCAAGAAAAAUAUCAUGCCGCGCCUCUCCAUCUCUCGCCGCCGAAUCUCCUCUCACCGCGAAAGUUGGAAAUGGGUUGAAAGAUUUUAUUCACAUAGAUGAUUUUGAUAAAGACACUAUUUUGAAGAUAUUAGAUCGAGCUAUUGAGGUUAAGACAUUGUUGAAAUCAGGGGAUAGGUCUUUUCGACCUUUCGAAGGGAAGACAAUGUCUAUGAUUUUUGCAAAGCCAUCUAUGAGAACCAGGGUUUCAUUUGAGACUGGCUUUUCAUUGUUAGGUGGUCAUGCUAUUUACUUAGGACCUGAUGAUAUUCAAAUGGGUAAACGAGAGGAGACUCGUGAUGUUGCUCGAGUUUUGUCUCGCUAUAAUGACAUUAUUAUGGCUCGUGUUUUUUCUCAUCAGGACAUACUUGAUCUUGCAAAGUACGCAACUGUCCCAGUCAUCAAUGGUUUGACAGACUACAAUCAUCCCGUCCAGAUAAUGGCCGAUGCGCUUACUAUGAUUGAGCACAUAGGUCGGUUUGAAGGAACCAAGGUUGUCUAUGUUGGAGAUGGAAACAAUAUUGUCCACUCAUGGUUGUUGUUGGCAGCUGUAGUUCCUUUUCACUUUGUCUGUGCAUGUCCAAAAGGUUUUGAACCUGAUGCAAAAACAGUUGAGAAGGCAAGGAAGGCUGGAAUAAGCAAGAUUGAGAUAACUGAUGAUCCCAAAGAAGCUGUUAGAGGAGCUGAUGUUGUGUAUUCAGAUGUCUGGGCCAGCAUGGGGCAAAAGGAAGAAGCUGCAUACCGUCGCCAAGUGUUUAAAGGAUUUCAGGUGGAUCAAAAUCUUAUGGAUGCGGCUGGUUCAAAGGCAUUUUUCAUGCACUGCUUACCAGCGGAGAGAGGGGUGGAGGUGACUGACGAAGUUGUAGAAGCUCCAUAUUCAAUAGUCUUCCCUCAAGCUGAGAACCGAAUGCAUGCACAGAAUGCUAUAAUGCUCCAUGUACUUGGCAAAUAGCCGGUUGGAUGAUUAUAACAUUGGUUGGAGCAAUGUUAGUGUACACUUGCAAUAAAUUGUUUCAGACUUUAGGCUAGUGUUCACUUGGUUUUAGGCUUUCGGGAGUAUAUUAAAUUGGAACUUGAGUUGAUUUUUUGUAUUAUCACUGGCCACUGAAGAGCAGCUGAAUCUUUUGAAAAUGCUAGUAUAAAAUUUAGUAUGUCAUUUUUUUGGGUACUA